AUGAAGUGUGACCAGAUUUUUGGAGGUAAAGUUGUUGUGUUAGGAGGUGAUUUUAGACAGAUUUUGCUAGUUAUUACGGAAGGAGGAAGGGUAGCGACAGUUUUAGCAUCUAUCAACUCAUCUGUUCUUUGGAAUAGUUGUAAAGUUCUUAAACUUACCAAAAUUUUGAGACUUCACAAAGCACGUAAUAGUAUGGAUGCGGGUGCUCUUGCUACUUUUUCUAAGUGGCUUCUUGAUAUUGGGGAUGGCAAAAUUAACGAGUCAGAUAGUGGGGAUGUGGAGAUAGAAAUUCUGGAUGAUUUGUUGAUUAAUAUAAGUGGAAAUCCUAUUGAAGCAAUAGUUAAAGAGAUCUACGGAGAACAAUUUACAAGGAGAACUGACCCAAAUUUCUUUAGUGAAAGAGCUAUUCUAAGUCCAAGAAAUGACGAUGUUGAUAAGAUAAAUCAGUUUAUGCUUUCUAAGCUUCCAGGUGAGGAGAGACAAUAUCUUAGUUCUGAUAGUAUUGAAACGUCUGAUACAAGCGGACUUGAUGAUAUGAUCUACACUCAGGAAUUCCUAAACAGUAUUUCAGGACUGCCAAGCCAUGUUUUGACUUUGAGAAUUGGAGCACCUGUCAUGUUGCUAAGGAAUAUAGAUCCUAAGGGUGGUUUAUGUAACGAUGUUUGUGGAUGUGUAGUAGCUGUAACGGACAACAGAGAACAUGCUGGUGAAGUUGUUUUCAUGUUAUUAAAUGGCAGGAAUGAAUCUAUCAAGUGCCGUGCAGUAAACAACUAUGCUACCCUUUUCAUGUAUUCAUGGGAGUCGUCAGGAUGCCAUCUCACAUAUCGUAACGAACCGGUGUUUUGUGUACUGCGUUUCUGGAGGGUUGGAGAGUAUGAAGGUAUGACUAUUAAUAGCACUUACAAGUUUUAA